AUGUUGUUAGAGCGUCACGUGACUCCAGCAAGAUGGCUUCCGGCACGGGCACAAAUCGUUAAGAUAAAUCUCUUUCCCACAUACACUCAACCUGGCCGCCAUUGUUUUGCUUUAUCUCCAUCUGCGCGUCUUGCUUCUCUUCUUCCCAUUGUUUUCUUUUCUUUUCUUUUUCUUUUCUUUUCUUUUCUUUUCUUUUCUUUUCUUUUUCUUUUCUUUUCUUUUCUUUUUCUUUUCUUUUUCUUUUUCUUUUCUUUUCUUUUCUUUUCUUUUUCUUUUCUUUUCUUUUCUUUUCUUUUCUUUUUCUUUUCUUUUCUUUUCUUUUCUUUUCUUUUCUUUUCUUUUUUUUUUUCUCUUCAGUCUUCUUCUUACUUUCUGUUUCUUUUUACCCAUCAAUGCCAUUACUCUUUUAUUAUUCUUCAAUCAUUUUCUAUUACUGCUUUCGUUUUUUACCUUCAUUCCUUUAUUCUUUCUUUUUUCUUUCCUUUUUCUGUUCGUUUUUUAUCUAUUUAUCUCUCCUCAGUAAUUCCUGCUAAUUCUUUUUCUUCCAUUCUUUCUUUCUUUCUUUCUUUCUUUCUUCCAUUCUUUCUUUCUUUCUUUCUUUCAUUCAUUCCUUCUUUCUUUCUUUCAUUCAUUAAUUCAUUCCUUCUUUCUUUCUUUCUUUUAUUGCAUUAUCUAUAA